ACACGUUUCAAGAUUUUAAUCAGAAAUUGUACAAAAUGGUAUGCUACGAAAACACUGUUUCCUGUGCCGUUGUUGGUGAAGGAAUGGUAGGCAAGACAUGCCUUGCUAAAAGAUUUGCUGGAAGCCAAUUCUCAGACACAUAUGUUGCUACGGUUGCAGAAACAUCCACUGGUUCUGUAUCUGCUUACGGUGACAAAUACAGCGUCAAUAUCUAUGAAGAUCAAUCAGCAAGAUGCAAAACAAUAACAGAAGCUGACGUCAUUGUUGUAUGCUACAGUGCAGUUGACAAAGAAUCAUUUGAAAACGUCAAAUCCUUUUGGAUUCCAAUGGUCAGAAAGCUCCAUAAGAAGAAACCAAUUGUUUUAGUCGCUACACAUAGUGACAUGCGUGAUGAGAAUAAUACUGAUCAUGUAUCAGACGCUGAAGGACAAAACUUUAUGAAAUCAAUUAAUGCUGAUUAUUACAACAAAUGUUCUGCUGUUACAAAUGAAGGAGUAAAGAAUGUCUUCGAAAGUGUCGUCUGCGCCGCAAUUAGAUAUAGGAAAAAGAAAACCAAUGUGCUUAAACGUGUUUUUGCACGAUGAACCUGAACUUAUCUCUGCCCGGAGAUAAACAUUUACUAAACACAUCUUGUGCUAAGAAUAACAAACCCUUUUGCUAUCAAAAGACUUUGAGAUAGAAGGAGUUGGAGAUGCAAUGUACCACUGGUGUACAUUCCUACGAUCGAUUGAAAUGCUGCUGUCGAAUUACAGUAAUUGAGAUGGAGAUGGAGAAAAAGUAGUGCCGGUGAUUGGCAAGGACACGAACUUACAAAAACAAUAUGAAAUCAAUUUGAACUUAAUUCAUUGAAAAACAAUAUCAAAUUAGUCAUGAUGAUGAAUUUGAAGAAAAAACUGAAGUGGUGAAAAGACACAAAUUAUUUUUGUUAAUUAUUGUGAA